AUGCCUCCAAAGAAAAGAGACCAGACAUGCAAGACGAGCAACGGCUCCCUCGAGAGAAACUCCGAGGCAUGUGCUGCUUGUUCUCAAGCCGGUCCAUCAGGAGAACCAUCUACACAGCAACAGUGCCGUGUGGAUUCCCAAUCCUCGAAGACGGCGGAAGACGAUGACGCUGAAAAAUGGGUUCAGACUCAAAGGAGCUCCCGUAGAAAGGCUGGGGAGGCCACAGACAAGACGAAACUGACCCCAGCAUGCGAUAGCUGCAAAAGGUCAAAGAUACGUUGUCGGCACCGCCGCGCAGUCAGUGCCAAUGAAGAACUGUCCGAACAGGCCGAACCACCCGUCAAGACAUGCAAACGAAAAGCCAAAGUAGAGUCUCCGGAGUCCAAAGUUGCUUACCAGUCUGAAGAAGAAUCCCAAGAGCUUGCUCGAUCGGCGUUGAAGAAGAUUAAACUGCGAUGUGGCUCCCAAGACAAAGGAAAGGGCAAGGAAAGGGAAGUCGCAGAGGCAGAACCAGAGGCAGAGCCAGCUAUGCCUGCGAAAAGACCACGCGGGAGACCUCGCAAGCAUCAAAUUAUCGAGGAUACCCCGGAUCCUAUCCUGGAGACAACUCCUCCGCCCAAACGAACCAAGUGGGAUUGUAAGGCAACGGAAAAGGCAUCGGCCAGUGAAACGGUGGAUGCCCCAGGAUCUAGCGCUGCAGCGAGAUCUCGCGGAUUUUCUGCCUCGGAUAGUCUAGACGGGUCGGCACAGUUGUCCGUGCACGCAGUCUUGAGUCGAGAGUUAGGAGAGAAACUGGAAGAAUGUGAGACGAACUGGCGAGCAGCCAUUGAUUCGCUCAGUGAGGCCAAGGGACUUUUGGAUAACUGGGUGGAGGCGUGGCGAAAAGGACAGUAA